AUGCCAGUCAAUUCUGUCGCUGAAAAUGCCUUUGGUACCGCAGGUACCAUAUGUUGGACAAUACAACUCAUCCCUCAACUGUGGAAAACUUAUCGUGAAAAGGACACGACAGGAUUAUCGGAUUGGAUGAUCCUUGCAUGGAGUGUAUCAGGCGCCUUUCUUGGGACGUACUCGAUUGUGAAAAAUCUCAACAUUCCGCUCAUACUCCAACCGCAACUCUUCGCUGCACUUACUAUGGCAUCAUGGGCUCAGUGUCAGUUCUAUGGCCGAGGACGGUCCCGCAAUAUGUCAUUAUUGCUGUUUCUCAGUGGCUGCGCCAUCCUUGGAGGAUUCGAGGUAGGGACUGUAUAUGCCGUUCGGCCGUCUUUUAGUCGCGGAGAUCGAAGCGGUACCGAAGGUAUAGAAUUUUUUGGGGUCAUGAGUACGGUCCUCAUCACGAUAGCUUUUGUUCCGCAAUACCUCGAGAUAUACCAGCACAAGGAGGUCAUUGGAAUUAGCUCCUUGUUCUUAAUGGUUGAUCUCCUAGGUGAACCUUUUCUAUCAGGCGUGUUCUCGGAUCUCUCGUUAGUGUUCAAGUCGGGCAAUUUCGAUAUUGUGGCCGCAGUGACGUAUAGUUUGGUCAUUGUUAUGGACGGUUCUGUCUUAAUAGCCGCAUGGAUUCUCAACCCUCGCGCCAGGCACCGACGACGACAACAGCGGGACGAAUCAGAAACCUCCUCUCCAGGGCCGACUUUCAGUGCAAAUCACAACUCAAGUAUCAUGAUAGAAACUGAUACAGCUGCCGCUACGAUUGUUUCACAAAGCCCAGUAGAGACGGCGACAACAACACCUCUAGGUGGAUCGUCUUGUCUCCUAGAGAAGGUAUGAGAGUCAAAGGGAUACAAUGACUUGACAUAGACUAUCAUUGUUAGAAAUAAUAGAUGUAUCGUCACCACCCAUGCGAACAUGAAAACAAUUUUCGUCUUUUACCGAAGAGGGCCAGCAGGGACUUUUCCAUAAGCACGAUCUUGGAUCACAGUAUGCGUUAACUCCAUUUUCAAA